CUCACAGAGCGGAACACUUGAGAACAGUUAUUGUGAGCGAAAUACUGUGAGAUGUGAUGAGAAGCGGCUGAAGCUGUCAGGUGAGUGAAGUGAAGCAGAGAAAGCCGGAAACACGACUCAGGAGCAGGAAGGAAACAUCUGAGGCAAACAAAACGGACAGUCAGUGACGGUGAGCUCCUGUUGGCUGCAGCCCCGCGAAGAACACUCGCUUCGGGUUGCCAGUUUGGACGCACGGUAUUGUGACCGGAGUGACGUCAGUCCGUGAUCAGACAGAGAGACAGACAGGCAGACAGACAGGGAGGGAGUCGCUGUGGAGGCUGCAGUUCGCGGCGGAUCCUCAGACGGAGAGGCAGCAGCUGCAUCUCCUCCUCCUCCUCCUCCUCCUCCUCCUCCACUCCUCACCGCCGGGCACCGACCAGCCGGUCUGCGGGGCGACAGACCCGGCAGGGAGACGCUCAACAUGCCCGCUGAGCAGCUCCAGCCGGAGCCGGUCUCGGUUUUUCCACUCCUGGAGGGAUUUACGCGGACGAGCGGACGGGGACUCCUGGCGGACCCGGAGCGCAGUGAGCUGUAAGUUGGAGGUGGGAAACUGGAAAACUUGAUAUUCGGAGCAGUUUUUGAGCUGAACAUGCUGUGGUGGAGGGGGUCACCCCGGACAUCUCCCGCUGCUGCUGCCGGCUGCUGCGCACCGUGACGCGCCGGGGAGCGCGGCCAGAUCCCGGAGAGUCCCCGGGGAGGCAAAACAACAACAUCACUGCUGCCGCUGUGGAUCUGUCACUUCAGUGUCGCGCGUGGUUUCUCAUCCCGGAGAUGCAGCCCGUCCCUCGCCUCCGUCCCCCUGUGGGUCGGAGCAGGAUGGAGGUGGCGUAGUGAGGAGACACCAGCCUGCGGAUAAUCACAGUUUGGACUUUUUGGCUCCUCGUGCGGCUCGCGGCUCUCCCUCAUGCAGCUCCUCCGGCUGGCCUGGGCUCUGACUGCCGCUGCGGUCUGCUUCCUGCUCCUCCUGCUCCUCCACAGCCAGAUCCUGAGAGAAGGUCAGCUGGCGGCGGGGACCUGUGAGAUCGUCACUCUGGACCGGGACAGCAGCCAGCCGAGGAGGACCAUCGCCCGACAGACGGCCCGCUGCGCCUGCAGGAAGGGCCAGAUCGCCGGGACGACACGAGCCAGACCGGCCUGCGUUGACGUGCGUAUCGUCUGGACUCGGCAGUGGUGUGAGAUGACUCCGUGUUUGGACGACGAAGGCUGUGACCUCUUGGUCAAUCAGUCGGGGUGGACCUGCACGCAACCAGGAGGCCGAGUCAAGACCACCACGGUCUCCUGACAGCGGCGGCAAGGACAGACUCUCCCCAGAGAAAGACUUGUUCCCAUUGUCCAUCGCCCAUCAUCGCCAAGCGGAGCAUCCACCGCCAUCGCCACCGCCACCGCCGCAGCUGCUGCUGCUGCUGAUGACCAACCGUCUCUCGCCAUCAGAGCGAGGUGCUGGCGCUUCAUGUUUGGGUGACCUGUGAAACAACAACCUCAAGUUCUUUCUGGGAAGUGAACGACUCGGAUCACGACGAGCUGCUGGAUCGAUUUCUUAUGUUUGGCACAAAACUCUGUUUCGUUUUUACAGACCAAAGAUGAACAGAGCCAACGAUGAGACGUUUUUAGAGGGACGGAGACUUUGAGAAGCCCGGCCACACACCGUCAUAUGUAAAGAAAUGAACACAUUGUGAUAUUAUACAGUAAGUGACUUCAGUGAGCAAAGUAAACUUGUACAUGAGUAAAUGAUAAAACGUGUAUAUGUGUGUGGAGACAGGAAGCUGGUGAUGUUUCUGAUUGGACAACACAGCACUUCAUGGGCUGAACAUCCGUCAGGUGGAGAUGGCCAAAAGUCGUGAGGCAUUUUUUAUGAUAAGAGUGUGAAACUUUGUGCACUUUCAGCAGAUGAAACCCUGAGAUCAGAGGCAGUCCUGAGCUGUCAGUCAACACGGCAACCAGAUGAAUGUCCUUUUACAGAAAACAGUCACACAAAGAGAUUCAGCACAGGCACUAAAUUAACCCUGGAUAAUGAAAUAAUCAUAAAAAAGAAUAAUGAAUGCAUUUAUCAAAAAUAUAAAUAACUGAUAUUAUCAGAUAUUUUAUUCAUGCUAGCAGUUCAGGUUCUGACUGAAAUAUUUAACAACUGCAACUUCAGU